GCAUCACACUGUCUGAUACUGUACUCUACAACCCAGAGUCGGCAAUUUGUGGGUGCGUUUUGAAGCAUCACCCGAACAUACACUAUCGCGACCCGUGAAACCAUUGGGAGCUGGCCCGGCCCAGCAUCACUUCCCAGCCAUGUCUGCCGCUCUCUUCAGAUCACGAGCUGCCGUCUCCGGCACCCGAAUUGCCUCCUCCGCCCGUCCUGUCAUUCCUAGGUCACAGCUCGUCCAGCGCCGCAACGCAUCAUCUUCCUCUUCGGCCGGUGACGGAGCUGCUCUCAAGCUUGCUCUCUACGGCACUGUUGGUGCUGCUGCUCUAUACGGCUCAUACCUCUAUGCCACCGACACCCGAGCUUUCUUCCACCGUUGGGUUGUUCCGCCAUUCAUUCGCUGGGCUUUCCCUGACGCCGAGGACGCUCAUCAUGCCGGUACCGUAGCGCUGAAGAUGACUUAUGAGUUUAACCUUCACCCUCGAGAGCGCGACACGACCCUCGACUCCCCUGAGCUCGCCGUCAAUGUAUUUGGAACCGAAGUGUCGAACCCAAUUGGAAUCUCUGCGGGUCUUGACAAGGAUGCUGAGAUCCCAGAUGUACUCUUUGAGCUUGGAGCUGGUGUCGUUGAGGUUGGAGGCUGCACUCCUCUUCCUCAAGAGGGCAACCCUAAGCCUCGAGUUUUCCGUGUUCGCAGCCUUGAUGGCAUGGUGAACCGAUAUGGUCUGAACUCUCGCGGAGCCGACGACAUGGCUAUUCGACUUAGGGAUAGACUUCGACGAUUCGCUCGAUCUCUUGGUGUGACUGAGAAGGAUGUUCUCAAUGGAGAGGCCAAUGUUCCUCCUGGAAGUCUGCGCAAGGGCCGUCUUUUCGCUGUUCAGAUCGCCAAGAACAAGGAGACGGAUGAACGGGAUGAGAAGGCCAUUGCCGAUGACUACGUAUACUGUGUGCGAAGACUAGCUCGCUACGCUGAUGUUCUGGUCGUCAAUGUUAGCAGCCCUAACACACCUGGUCUGCGUGACCUUCAAGCUACUGAGCCCUUGACAAGGCUCCUCAGCGCUGUAGUUGACGAGGCUGCCAAGACUGACCGAAAACAAAGGCCCAAGGUCAUGGUCAAGGUGUCACCUGAUGAGGAUGAGGAUACUCAAAUGGAGGGUAUCGUUGAGGCUGUUCACCGAAGUGGUGUUGACGGAGUCAUUGUGGGCAACACGACCAAGAGACGAGAUGGUCUUGUUCCUGAGGGUAUUAAGCUCACUGCUCAGGAGCAAAAGAACCUCAUGGAGACUGGUGGCUACUCGGGCCCUGCUAUGUACAGCCGAACACUCGAUCUUGUUCGACGAUACCGCAAGUUGCUAGACUCGCGUUCUUUCGCAGCAACGACUGGAUCGCCACAAAAGGUCAUCUUUGCUACAGGAGGCAUCACCAAUGGCGAGCAGGCACGCAACAUUCUCAACGCUGGCGCGAGCGUAGCCAUGAUCUACACAGCGAUGACAUAUGGUGGUGCGGGUACUGUGACCAGGAUCAAGCGGGAGUUAAAAGAUGGUGGAAAGAAUUAGACAUGCUAUAGCAACAUUUCAGAUUUUAUUUGUUCGUCAUAGGUAUAAAAACGGGACAAGUUAUGAAGUUCAA